UUAAUUGGGGCAGAAUUUUCAAUGAGCAUUAAAGGAAAUCAGCAAGGUUUUUUUCAAGAAUAUUUAAAAUAUUAUUGUGUGGCAGAUCUGUUUGUUCUUGUCUGUUAAGCAUUUCUUUGCAAUCUGCUCUUUUUCUCUGUUUCUGACUUUUCCAUUCACAAAGACUUUUCAUUUUUUUCCUGACUGUGAAAGUCUGGCCAUUUGAUACUGUAGUGAAAUGUAGACAAGGGUUUUUAAACCAUUCAGGAAGGUGUCUAGCAAAGGUGCUGGGACCUCAUUUUUGACUAGUAAAGUUCACUGUCUAAUCAUCUUUCUCUAGUAAAGAAAAUGUUGAAAAAACAACAUCUUCUCAGAGUCAGCCAAAUUCCAGUUGAACUAAUUUUGGAGGAGACUGCUUUUAUAUGCCUUCUGGUUUGUGGGGGAUUCUCUCCAAUGUGAGGUGGUAUGACAGUUUUUAUACAUAUGUGGUAAAAGCCUCAUUUCCAGCUGAUGCUGAGACAAAUUAUGGGUGUGAAAUGCAUUCAGCAGGCUCCCUUGAUUGGCACAGCCAAACAAAACAACUGAAUCACUUGGUUUUAUUGCACAUGGUUUAGCUUGCUGCCUUGAAAUUCAGUAAAAAGCACUGGACCAUGGAGAAUCUGAAGUCUUCUGUGCCAACUGAAGUGAGUGCUUUCUUACUCAAGUACAAUCACCUUUUCCUUUUUGAACUGAAGUAGUAAUUACUAGCAGUCAGAACCGUCAAACAGAAAUGGAUCACUGUAUGAACAGAAUAGACAAAUGGCUGGUAGUUUUCAACAAAGAACAGGGGUUUGCUCCUAGAAUUUGGUUGUUUUCAGCAUCUUCUGGGCAUAUCUGCAGAACUGCAUAUGUGGUAUAGAUUGUGUAUGUAUGUGUCUUUCUAUGUAGGUGCAUGUACAAUGAAAGUAGAUUGCUUAUGUGAUGCUCAUAAGGGGAGCAUGAAACAGUGAGGGCAGCAUGGAGACACUUGAGCUGUGUCAUUGAAAGCCUGUGCCUGAUGGCUGGGGAAGACACCCCCUCUCAGAGGUGCCCACGCUUUUGUGGGCUGACAGCACUAGUAUUUCCUCACAGCAAUGUAGCAGCUCUCACCCAGUGAGCUCCUUCCUGUUAUCCCACUGCAUGAGCCAGGCAUGCCUUCAGGAACCUGUUUGUCCAAAAUCCAGCCAUGUUUGGGUACUUUCCACAUUUCCUCUAAGAUGUUGUCUUCCUAAUACAGCUUUAACCUUUUCACCUGUGUAGCACUACCUUAGAUUUGACAGUGCUUUGAUCCUCAGAGGAUGCCUGGAGGAGUUGCAGACUGGUAUUCCCCAGCCUGCUGGUGAGGCUUGAUUCCCAAGAGUUGCUCAGAGCAUGACCAAUGUUACACAUGUGACUUUCUGCCCAGUGGUCAGAGUUCUCUCUAGGCAGGUGACUUUUUGCUCAUGUCCCUCCUUUUCCUGGUUUGCCUGCAUUUUCAGUUUGGCUGGCAGUUUUCCACUUAGUGUUCAGGCUCCCACAAAUUCUGCUUGUUGAAUGUGAAGCUCUUCCCCUGCAGGGCUCAGUGCUCUAGUGUCAGCUUCCGAAUUCUUGCUAAUAAUUCUCUUGUGUGCCACUGCUCCAAAGCAACUGCAAGUCAAGUCUUGCAACAGAUACACCUUUCUAGAAAGUCUGUCAGUGCAUUGGGAGAUACAGCUAUGGCUGCUUACUGGAAAGUGGAAUUUUCCUCUGGAACCUGGGGAUAGAAGAAGGGAGAUCUUCAAUUUUAAGUGAUAUCUGGUACGUUCUGCUAUUUUAGUUGAGUAUCUUCUUAUGACUAUUAGUUACUGAGGAUUUGAAGAAUGUUCUCUUGGUGAAAUGUGAGGGAAAGAAAGUGUCAGAAAGAGUUGUCAGCUUUUUUUCAGUGAGUCUCACAUUUGUGACACUACACUUAGCAGUUGUCUUAUUAUGGGAAAUGCCUCUGCUAUCCUGCUCUCUAGGUGGGUCAGAAGUAACUCAUUUUAUUUUUAUAUAUUCCUGGAGUACGUCAUGUUACAAAUUAUUAGCAUGAAAAAUAAGGUGGCCUUUGCAUUCCUGCAGAAAACCUGAGGAUUGGCUCCUGGUGAGUGGCAAAACAGUACUUGAUUGCUGAUGCUUCCCUUAGCUGAGACUGGGUCAGGCUCUUCAUGGGAAUUGCUGUGCUUUGUUCCCAGUCAGCCAAAUGCUGAAGCGGGAAAACUGAAGGCUUUUGAAUGUUUUUUUCAACUGGAUAAGCAAAAGUGCAAGAGUGAAAUGGCUUUAGGGUGAAAGGCUUGAGUGGGUUCAACAUUAUAACAAGAGUCUGCUGUUUUAAAGGGUUGUUUGUUUUUGUUUGGUUUCAAAAACCAAAGAAAAGAAGGAAAAUAAGGUUGUUGUUACUAAUGGUGCUAAACACUAGUUUUACCAAGUUGCAUAUCCUAAGAAAGCAAAGUUGGGCUAACCACUGGGAUGCCUGAGAUCCAGUUCAAGCUGGCAUCCCCUUGCCAUUAGGAAGGAAGAGUCCAAGAAUAAACUCUCCCCUACUUUCAUAGUAAACGACUGACUAAUCUCCUGUGAGGUAAUAUCUUGGCAAAAUAACAUUUUGUUUCCAUUUGCUGGAGCCUGUACAGUAUAAUGGCAUGUUGGCUAUGUGCUUUCAUGGAUAAAUAGCACCCUAGGAUUCUGAAAACCCAGGACUUUUGCCUUCUUUGCAGGAAUUGCUUCUAACAUUUUUUCUGGUUUUAGAAGAGGGAGAAACAAUUAAUCUUAUCUCCAGGCAGCUCUUUUAUGCAUAGAUGGUAUGCUUUUGUCUCCCACUGAGUUAGCCUUGUGGCAUUUCAGCUCUGCAAUGAGUCAUUUUUUUGUGGGCUCACUUAACUGCUGUGAGUCAGUGUUUGGGAAGAAGGGGAAAAAAGUAGAAUAUCUUCACUUUUUAUUUAAAAAAAAGAAAAACUACUUAUACUAUAUCUUUAAGCUUUUUGAUCAUUCAGCUUAUGUCUCUAUGAAUAAAGAAGAAAGAAAAUAUUAUAAGAAACACUUAAGGAAAAAGAAAAUUAAAGGAAAAGAAGGCAAUCCCUUCAAUGUGUACUUUUAGAUUUGCUGACAAAUAUUUUGUAAUGGGAUGGUAGCCCUUUCUACUUGCAGUCCUUGCAGUAUUGCAGUUAAUUCUCAAGCAGCUUUUAAAUCAGUCUGUUUCUCAGUUGUAGCUUAAAUGUUUCCCUUCACCUUUUUUUCCUCCCCUAGUAAUCCUUUGAAGUUGAGACUGUGUUGCAUUUUUGUAAUUCUUUUCUUCUGAUAGCUCUGAGGAACUAAAAAUGCUUUCUUCAUUUAGUCUGUGUGCCUGUUACUGUUUGCAUUUCAGCUCUUCUCCCAGUUAUCCUCCAAAGAGUUAUGCUAAAAUCUUAGUAUGUGGAUUACAAGGAACAAUUCUUAUUAACCAAAGACAAAUAAAUUGUUUCAGUUUUUUCCGCUUUGUGGAAUUGUUCAGUAAAAAAAAAAAAACUGAAACCUUGAGAAAGCACUAAAAGGAAAUACCAUGAAUUUGAAUUAACCUUCCCUUUCUUCCAAUUUCAGAAAAAAUUGUCAGACAUGGAUUAAGGAAAAUGAUCCCUGUUUCACAAUAGGGACUGUGUUGGACUGCUAGACUGCGUUGGAUAGCUCUCCAGGAGAGGAAUGGAUGCAAUCAUGUGGUUGAUUUAUUUUCUGGAUCAAGUUUUAAUAUGACCCCAGGCAAGGCAAAAAGGAUUAUUUUGGCAAAUAUAUCCUUGGGUCCCAUGGUCUGUGCUAAAGGCACUCACAGAGAGGUGUGUUUAGGCCAUCUGCUGUCCACACUCUUUGUGUGGCAGAGCUGGGGAUCCCCCAAUAAGCUAUCUGAGUAUCCAUUUCAUCAGGGACUGUGUCUCUGUGUACCCCUUGAGUCUGUAGGGAAUUUUGCUAUUUGAAGUUGUGACCGGAUGAUUAUUAUUUCUAAUGAAGCUGGGUGAUGGAGAUUAGUGAAUAAAUUAUUCCAAGCAAUAAAUGGGCACAGCAUGCUGGGAUUAGAACACCACACAGAUGUUUGCUUCUUGCCCAGAAGCUUUUUAGCAGUACCUGUGCAUGAAGUUUGUUUACCAGGAAAGAUCCUUGGAUCGCAGGGGCAAGGUCUGGCCCUAUGCAACAGAAGAGAAAGAUUGAAAAAUGUCCCGUUGAACUGUCAGUACUAUCACCCUUGAUCCUGAGUUGGAGAAAGAGGCCACAAAGAGAGUCUAAGACCACAGAAGCUGAAAGAAAAACAUGGCAAAUUCUAACACCAGAGGUCAGAGGCCAAGUAAUCUAUUGUUAAGGCAAACAGGUCUUCCACAUGGGUUAGCUGUCCAGUUGCUACAGUGCUGUCUGAUGGGAACUUGGUCUGAAAGUUCAUUCAGCUGACUGGGUUGGAUUAUAGUAUGGGCCAGAACCCUUGAGAUUAAUGAAGUAGUCCUCAAGUGUUUUGAGGAUUUGGUAGGAAUGAACAUUCUCCCUGGGGUGCAUAGGCAGCAACUUGCUGUCAUUUUGGAUCUAAGACAAGAGAUAAAGACUCCACAAAGACAGAGAUUUAGCAGGAUGUAUGAAUCCUAAUGACCAAGUGUUGUCCAAAAAGUAACUGAUUGUUGUUGAACUUCUAGAGAAAAACUAGUAUGAUCUUCUUGUCCAUGAGAAAAAGAAAACAGGACAGGAAAAUGCUGGACAUAAGGCAUUUAACUUUUCUUUAAAUUUCUUGUCUUAAAGAACUGUUCAUCUUUUGUCUAGUACCUUAGAAUAAGGGAAAUGGCUCUGCUAGAGGACAGAGUAAUAAAGUCAAAACUAGAACAACGAAAAAGUGGGACAGAUAUGUGCUUGUAGAAAACAUAACAUUGUGCACAAAAACUGAUCAAGGCUGUGAAGAAUAUGAGAAAAGGAACUGUACUUGUCCAUGCAUAAACAACGAAGUUGGAAUAUUUUCUUUAGGAGUGUAAUUUCAAUCUAAAUAUAUUAUCACUGCUUAUUUAAGAUUUAGCAAAUAGGGUUUCUUACAGAGUAUGUGGCUGCUGAGAUUAUGUCCAUUCCUGAUCUGGAAAGUUGUCUUAGCCUUUAAAUCUGCUUUCUUACCAAAUCUGCUGGUAGGAAGUCUGUUGCCACUAAUAUUGUAAGAUCAAGAGAUGUGUACACUAAAAGGCAGUGUCAAGUGAUCACGGGUCAUGUUUCUUGGAGUGGUGAAUGAAGGAUAGUGGGUAUUACUGAAAUUGAUGAAAGAUUUGCACAGUUAUAAGGCUUAAUGAAAUGGUUAGAGUCUGUUUAGGAAGGAAUGACUGGCAGAAAAGUCAUUUUAAUGAGUCUCCUACUCAUUAAAAAAAUAUUAAGUCUUUUUCCAACUUGCUGGCAGCUUGAAAGAAAAUAAUUUUGGAUUCAUCUGGAUCAUGAGAAUGAGGUGAAAGGAUUGUGAAAGACCAGAGAAUUGCUCCAGAAAACAGAAUGAUGAGCCCUGUAAGUGAACAGGAGAAAGAAGAGUACUUUCCUGUGAAUGACUGCGUUGGAGAGGCUGUGCUCCCAGUUCAAAAACAUAAUCUGAUUUCUAAAAGCUGCAUGGCAACAUACAUAAAAAAUGUCAUUUUCUUUAAAAUGCUUGGCCAUCGUAAAAGAAUUCUGUAUUAGAACUCAGCUUCACAGAGGAUUCCCCAGCCCAUCACAUCAAGGUUUAGGCAUCCUGUUUAGGUUACAGGAAUGAUCAAGUAGUUUGAAUAUUUUGGUUGUUGUUCAGUUCUCUAAAGGGACAGCUUAAUAGAGCAGAAAACAGAAGAGGUAAUGGGUCAAAACCAGUGAACAGAAAAUAUGAAUGGUACUGGUAACAAACAUCUGUUCACUCACUAACAAGUGGAAUUAGAGCAUCUGUUAAUGCAGAACUAAAUGUUUGGCCAGUAUUUUUCUUCUGUGUUUGGGAGGAAGAAGGUAGGUUAUAUAUUCGUGGUCUGUAACUGAGGAAAUACUUUCCAUUUAAACUGUGACUCAGAAGGAUGUUAAACUGCAGAUACUGAAUUAGAAUCACUAUCUGUUUAUCAGUGGGUCUAGAGAUUUGCAGCUGGAUGUCUAAAAGAGCUGGUCAAAGAAAUACUUGGGCUGUCAGUUUUGCAGUUAGGUGUGGAAACAGGGACUUCCCAGAAUACUGUAAAGAAAAUUGAUCCUCUGUAGCAAGCUGUUUGAGUGGCCACCUUAUACUUCAGGUAAAGCCUUGUCUGUAUUUGUCAUCAUUAGGUGUUUCAUUUCUACUCAGUAAUUGCCAAGAUGAUGAUUGUUGUCAAAUUUUAAGUAGGCCAGUCCUGAAUCUUUUUUUGGACAGAUUCAGGUUCUGAUGUUCAUUUAGUAUUAGUCAGGAUAAUGCUGGGACUGUAGUAGUGCUAUUAAUUUGCUUUAUCUUGGAGUGAGCUUCUUUGGGUCCGUGGCUGUGAGUGAAAAGAUGAUUCAGUUUGUAGAAGUCUCUGACUCAUCUUGGCACAACCUAUCUCAGGGAGAAUGUGAUAAAGAGGAAGAAGGUGGGGCUGCUUAUUCCUCUUGUAGUCCAGCUGCAGGAGGAAUGAUCUCUUCUGAGCACAAAUGUACAAAGAAAAGGCACACUAGUGUGUUGCCAUCUAAAUUAGCUCCUGCACUCAGGUGCCAAUAAUGUUCAGAAAACUUUACUGGGAGAGCAUGUUUUAGAGCCACAUUGCUCAAACUGUGACACAGGCCUUGCAAGAAAGCUUCUCUGAGCAACCCCUCUCUUGUAGAGGAUUGUGCUAGGAUGGAAUGUAACAGAGAAAAGGGUUCUUAGUGCUUUGGUGAGAGGUUAAAAAGAUGGAAAUAUAGUUUUGCACUAUGUCUGGGCUGGCUAUCUUUCUAGCACUGACAUUGGUCCAUGAUGAAGCCACUUAAAUCAUCUUAGUGAAAUGGAGACAGUUUCAAGUGCUCUGCAAAAAUAUGGUAAAUAGUAGAUAAAUGUUUUGUCAUCAAUUUUAUCUAAAUACCUCUUUUUCACACACAUUGCUCUAAAAAAAACUGUACAUUGAUAAUCCUUAUGAAGAUGAGAGGCCAAGGUCUGGCACUUUCCCUGAGCCAGCCAUUGGCCACAUCUAGUGGCAAAUCCAAAAUGACAAAACACUUUAAAGUUGUAGAGAAAUCCAUUUUCAUGUUCUAUUCUAUUUUCAGAGCUCCUAGCCAGCUGGCAGCAGCUGUGCCAAAUGAUAUGAUGUGGUGAGUGCAGCUACCUGGAUAACCUGGAUAUCAUUCCUCCCCAGGGCUUCGGAGCAGUCAUUGUCAUGCAUGAGAUAACGGAGAUGUGUAUCGUGUGUAUCAUGUAUCCUCCGUGGAGAGCAGCCAGGAUUCCACUGCUAAGUAUAGGCCAGGAGGAGCGAGCUGGGCUCUGCACAGUUGCUCUGUGGUCAUAUUCAAUCUGAAGAUAGUACCUUUUAUGCUAAGUUAACAUAAUGUAACACUUUGAUUGGCGACUGUGGAUGGGGGAAGGCAAAAUGGGAAAUCAGUCUUUGUUCUUCCUUCGUGUAGAUUUGACCCAAAAUCAGCUUGUUAACAGUGAUCUUGAGACCAAGGUAGAGUUUGAGGUCUGGUUGGGAAAAGGAGAAUUUGGAACCUCUUAUUGUAAGCCCCCUGGAAAAGAAGUAGAUCACAUUGCUGCUCACUGUACCUCAGGAUGGGCGUGGCAAAGCUGCUGGUUUCACCGAGUUUUAUUUGGAUUCUCUGACAAGGCACAGCAUGCAGUGAAAUAAGAAAUGGUAAAUACAGCAGGAGAUAAGCUUAUCCCCCACCUGACGUUACCCAUCAUCAGUCACAAGGAGCAAUGACAUUUUGCACAGUUGAGUUUUGUGAGAGGGAGAGCAGGCGAGCAUAUGCCUGGUCUUUCCGAGUGUCUCCACCAGUAGAUCAAAUCCAUCUUGAUUGUGGGUGAAAGAUGUGGUGGUGUAUUAAGUUUUCUCUUGUUUCUGGUGAGAAGUGAGUUGAAUCUGCUGUGAUGACAUGAAAGCAAAUACGUUGUGCUUUGUUCCACUGCCUGUGAGACUAUGGAAAAGAGGCUGAGCGACAAUUUACUUGGAUGAUGAUGUCUCUUCCUUUGUGCAGAUCAGAGGUUCUGUUCCACUGUUUUGGGAGCAAACGGGGCUUCAGGUUGGUUCCCGCCAUUUAAGGCUUAACAGAGGUCUGGAAGCCAAUGCACCUGCCUUUGACAGGCAUAUGAUGCUUCUGAAAGAGCAGUAUGGAAAACAAGUGAUCGUUAACCUAUUGGGAAGCAGAGGAGGAGAGGAGGUGCUCAACAGAGCUUUUAAGAAACUGCUAUGGGCUUCUUCCCAUGCGGAAGACAGUCCCAUGAUAAACUUUGACUACCACCAAUUUGCAAAAGGUGGGAAAACCGAGAAACUGGAAAAUUUGCUGAGGCCACAGCUGAAGUUGCACUGGGAAGACUUUGGAAUCUUCACAAAGGGCAAGCAUGUAAGUCCACGUCUGCAGACAGGUACUUUUCGAAUGAAUUGUUUGGACUGCCUGGAUCGUUCUAAUAGUGUACAGUCCUUCGUUGCACAGGAGAUACUGUUUGCUCAAUUAGAGAGCCUUGAUUUGAACUCUAAACCUAUAAUUGAACGCUUUGUGGAAUCCUACAAGGAGAUGUGGACUCUCAAUGGUCAAAAUCUGAGCAGAGUAUUCAGUGGCAGUCGUGCCCUUGAGGGGAAGAACAAGGUUGGGAAGCUCAAGGAUGGUGCCCGCUCUGUGUCUCGUACCAUCCAGUCAAAUUUCUUUGAUACAGUAAAGCAGGAAGCCAUUGAGUUGCUGCUCAUGGGUGACUUCUACCGUGAGGAAUAUGCAGACAAAGGCAAGAUGCUCAUGGACCAGACUGCACUGCUGGUAACUCCAAGUAUUUUGAAGGCAAUGUCAGAGCGUCAGUUUGAAUUCACGAGCUCCAAGCGUGUUCGUGUUGCCACGGGGACCUGGAAUGUGAAUGGGGGAAAGCAGUUUCGAAGCAACAUCCUUGGUACCAGUGAGCUGACAGACUGGCUGCUGGAUUCUCCCAAGCUCUCAGGAGUUUCAGAAUUUCAAGAUGAUGAUAACUGCCCUCCUGACAUAUUUGCAGUGGGAUUUGAAGAGAUGGUUGAAUUAAGUGCAGGGAACAUUGUGAAUGCCAGUACAACGAAUAGAAAAAUGUGGGGAGAGCAGCUUCAAAAAGCUAUUUCCAGGACUCAUCGCUACAUUCAGCUGACAUCAGCACAGCUUGUUGGUGUUUGUCUUUUCAUCUUUGUACGACCAUAUCAUGUCCCCUUCAUCAGGGAUGUAGCAAUAGACACCGUGAAGACAGGAAUGGGAGGAAAAGCUGGGAAUAAAGGGGCAGUGAGCAUUCGUUUUCAGUUCUAUAGCACCAGUUUCUGCUUUAUAUGCAGUCACUUGACUGCUGGGCAGACUCAGGUGAAAGAGAGGAAUGAAGAUUAUAAAGAAAUCACACAGAAACUCAGCUUCCCAAUGGGGCAGAACAUGUUCUCCCAUGACUAUGUCUUCUGGUGUGGUGAUUUUAACUAUCGCAUUGAUCUAACGUAUGAAGAAGUCUUUUAUUUUCUCAAACGUCAAGACUGGAAGACACUUUUGGAAUUUGAUCAACUACAGCAGCAAAAGUCCAGUGGAAAAAUUUUUAAAGACUUCCAUGAAGGGACUAUUAAUUUUGGACCAACAUACAAAUAUGACGUUGGCUCAGAGGCUUAUGAUACAAGUGAUAAGUGCAGAACCCCAGCGUGGACUGACAGAGUGCUUUGGUGGAGAAAGAAACUUCCCUUUGAAAAAACAGCUGGAGAGAUCAAUCUUCUGGACAGUGAUCUGAGUGCUGAUACUAAAAUCAGGCACACUUGGACCCCUGGAGCCUUGAUGUACUAUGGGAGAGCAGAGCUGCAAGCAUCUGACCACAGGCCGGUGUUAGCUAUUGUAGAAGUGGAAGUUCAGGAAGUUAAUGAAGCUGCCCGUGACAGUGUUUUCCGAGAAGUGUCAUCUUUCCAGGGACCACUGGAUGCCACAGUAGUGGUGAAUCUGCUAUCACCAACACCUGAAGAGAAAAAUGAAUUUCCUGAAGACUUGCGUACAGAGCUUAUGCAGAUGUUUGAGGAUUAUGGCACUGUUGUUCUGGUCAGGAUCUGUGGAGGUCAAAUGCUGGUGACAUUUGCAGACAGCAAGUCAGCUCUUCGUGUUAUGGAUAUAGAUGGUGCCAAAGUUAGAGGCAGAACAGUGAAGAUCCAGCCCAAGACUAAGGACUGGCUAAAGGGCCUUCAGGAGGAAAUUGCUCGAAAACGAGACAGCGUUGUCCCCAUGUCCCCUACGGCAAACUCCCACCUUCUGGAAGAAAAUUUUGACUUCUCAAGUUUGGACUAUGAGUCAGAAGGUGAUAUAGAGGAUGAAGAUGAUUAUUUAGAGGAUGCUCUGUGUCAACACCUAGCAGCAGGCACAGCAGAAGAUAUGUCAGAGCGUCCUGGACACUGUGCAUCCAUAGCUUUUUCAAACAAAUCUGGACAAACCCCCCGCCUGUAUAAAGAUGAUGCUGACCUGGCCGAUUUGAAGCGGGAGCUGGAGGCAAGUGGGGAACGCAGCCGCCGCAUUCCAAGCAGGUCUCUGUCCAUUCCUACCCAGCCUCGGCCACUUCAGCCACCACAGAGGCCUCCCCCUCCCGCUGGAACAUCAGGCAAAAAGUCCCCCUCAGAGGGUUCCCUCUCUCCAGGAAGCCAUUCCACCUGCUCCAUCCUGGCAACAGCAAAGCUGCUUCCCGGAGCCCCUCAGCAGCCACCCAAAGUCCGGACUGGAAUAAGCAAACCUUACAACGUCAAGCAGAUCAAAACCACCACAGCUGAGGAAGCAGAAGAAGCUAUUAGAUGUCUUAUGGAGGCCAAAGGAGGAGUACAGGAAGAUGCAGUAAAGCCUGUUCCAACCAGAAACCAAACUUCCUCCAAACCUGAGGCUCUUCCCAGCAUCACAAAGUCAGCUUCAUUUCAAGGGUCACAGGCAGGAGCAGUGCCUGUGCCUCAUCGUCCACCACCCAAAGUUCCAACUCCAAAGAAGCCAGUGCCCCUGCAAAGGACUGGAGCCAAGGGGGAAAAUGCCAUGUCUCCAGAAGACCAAUUCGACCAACAGACAGCACAGUCUCCUUUUGGCUUGCUAGACCCCCAUCUAGAAGCUGGAGCUAUUCUUAGACCAACCAAGAUCACGCCAGUCCCUAAACCCAGAACACAAACUGGGAAGCCUCAAGAGAGCAGGGGGAGCAGUGAGAGGCAGCCCCUGUCAGCAAGCACAGCUGAGGCCAUUCUAGUGCCUCCCCAGAAUGCUCCCUUUGCCCCAAAGGUGCCACCACGAAGAAAGAAGUCGGCUCCUGCAGCUUUUCAUCUCCAAGUUCUCCAGAGCAGUGACAGCCCCCUUUUUAGUGGGUCACUGUUCAACUCCAACAACAACAACCCUGGGUCCUUCCCCCAGACUCAUGGCCCUGCUCAUGUGGGUCCCACAGCCUCUGCUGGCCCAGCAAACAGCACAACUCAGCCCUUGGCACCAAGUGCUGCAGAACUGAUGGUGAAGCUCCAGGGCCCUUCUGCACCUGCAGGCCAGCAUCCACAACGACUGGAUACCAGCUCCCUUCCAGAGAACACCAAUCUUCUGGACCUGGACAUUCAUUCUUCCUUCCCUCUUUCCAUACAGGCACCAUCAGCUACUUCUCCAGCAGACGCUUUGGGAAAUUUAAAUCACCCCAAUCGGAAAGAGUUCAGUCACUGGGUUACAUUUAGUGAUGAUGAAGACAGCAGUGCAGUGGCAGAAGGGUUCAACAAACUGCCUGUCUUACAACAGAACAAAAACAACUUAAUGAAGACAAAUACUGAUUUAGAGUUGUAAAAUUUUACCCUCUUAGUGUUCCAAAAGAAAU